AGGUUAGAGGGAGGAGUAACAGACUGGGGACAUGAAGUGACAGUUCACACUCAUCAGAGACUCACACAUGGCUCAUAGUCAACAAGAAGAGAGAGCACACAGAGAGAGACCUGUGGACACAGACAAGGGGAAAAGAGAAAGAGGUGAAAGACAGGAUGUGGGUCCUCAUUUUGGCAGCUCUACUCUUCUCUCUGACAGAGAGAGCAACAUGUCGAAAACUGGUAGCACCACCAAAAGCAUCAUCCUGGACCAUCACCUUCAGUCCAGCAGAAAUAACAGCAGAGAAGGGACUAUGUGCUGUUAUUUCAUGUACUUUCACUCACCCUGAUAACAUCAAGCCUACCGCUGCAAUAUGGUUCAAGUGCCCUGCAAGUGACAGAUGUGAUAAGGUUAAAAACAUAAUUUUCCACUCUGAAACUCCCUCUAAAGCUCAGAAAGCUUAUAAACAGAGAGUAUCUCUACUGGAGACUGAUCUGACAAAGAAGAACUGUAGUGUGAUCAUCAACGACAUCAGAGAGAAUGAUGCUGGAGAGUAUCAAUUCAGACUUCCAAGUUCAUAUACAUACCCGAAGAAAGUGAGCAUCACAGUGAGCGCUCUGACCCAGAAGCCCUCAGUGUUGACUCCUGCUCUGACAGAGGGAGAACCAGCUACUCUGACCUGCACCGCCCCGGGGAUCUGCUCUGGAACUCCUCCUAACAUCACAUGGACAUGGAGAGGAACAGGAGACAACAUCACUGAGCUCAGAGACAACAUCACCAUACAAGAGAGAGAGGACCUGACCACUGUGACGACAACCCACUUCUCAACGUUGACCUUCACCCCCUCAGCUAAGCAUCACGGCACCAACGUCACAUGUCUGGUGACAUUCAAUGGCCGCAUCACCACUAAGAAGACACUGACAAUGAAUGUGGCAUAUGUGAAGGAACCCAAGAUCUCUGGCUGUAACACAGUGAGAGAGGGUGAUACCCUGAAUCUGACCUGCAGUGAUGACAGCUGCCCACCAUCAUCAUCCAACAUCACCUGGAGUAAGAAGGGGACAACAGCUUUGGAACGGAAUAACUCUGGACGGGCCAUUCUCAUCAUCUCUAACAUGACAAGAGAACAUGCUGGGGAGUAUGUGUGUACAGCUCAACACCACAGUAGAUCUCUGACGGCUUCCACUGUUGUCACUGUGAUGUGUGAGUACAAGCAGCGCUGUUCAGACAGAUUGAAAAUGGCUUGUGACAUGCUGUUACCUUUAAAUUGCCUAUGGUUUAUCUCCCCUCUCAUGACCUGUGUGUGUGUGUGUGUAACUCAGGGAGUUCCCUUACCCUUUAUAAGAUGGUUAACACUAAAAGAGUACAGUUUUACUACAUCAGUGUUGAUGUUCUCAGUGAACAGCACCAUCAGCCUGCCUGUCAGAAACCACACCAAUACCACUAUGGAGUGUGUCAGCAGAAAUGAAGCGGGCAGAGUGAGAGAGGUGCAAGUCACCCAAAUAGAAAAACAAGAAGAGGAUGUGUCUAAAGACAUCAUGGCUUUGCUGUCGGACCUACAACUGAUUACUGCAUUUGUGGUUGGUGCAGCCCUCUCAGCCAGCAUCUUUUGUAUCUUCCUGUGUUUGAAAGGGAAACGUAAAAGAUGCAAAGAGAGGAUCCCAAAGGACUCAGACUCCAAAAGCCAUUUCAUGAACCUGGAGAUGGUGGCAUGUGAAGACCAACAGAUGGAUGCAGGACAGGCUGUGGGGGGCAAACAGACCCCUCUGCAGGUGGAGCUAAGGGAGGGAGAAGAAAACGGAGGGCCCCAGACCAGUGGAGCCGUAGGGAAAUCUACCACAGGGGGAGAACCAAAUGAAGUGGACUACGCCAGUAUCAACUACUCCCUGCUGAAGAAGAAGACUCCUGAGGAGGCAGAGAAGAAGACCACCACCACAGAGACAGACUACGCCGAAAUCAAACGACAGAAGAAGAAUGAGGAGGAAGAAGAUGGUGGAGAGGGGAGUGGUGUGAUGGAAGAGGUAGAAUGGGAGGAAGGGGAUGAGAUGGUAGGGAAGGAAGAGGAGAAAGAGAACGGUAAGCCAUUACGAGAGACAGAUGAGGAUACAGCACUUUACUCCAACAUCAAGGCUAUUAUGGGUGGAGAGUGACACAGCAACAUGGGAAAUAGCACACAGCACUAUGGCUUCUAAUAUACAGCACUGCGGUGUUUUCUCAUAUUCCAGAUUGAAUGUUUUAUGAUGAUAGAGACUGAAACUACUGUAGGAAAUAGUUUUGGUAAUUCUUUCUUUUUCAGCCUUAUCUAAUGUAAUGUUAGUUUUGUAAUGAUUCUGUUUUUGUGUCACCAUGGAAGGACAUGGUGUCUCCUCUGAUCCUUCAUGUUUUUGUAUUUUGAUUUAACCCUAACCCUAUAUAUUGAGGCACUACCUUACUUUUGAUGUUUGUGUGUAUUUUAGUUGUUUGCUAUAUGCUAAGAAUUUCUAAAUGAUGUUUUAACUGUCUUGUAGCAUGAUGUACUACAGUACCCAUAAUGCUCUGUAUCAAUAUACGGUUUCAUCUUGGUAAAGACGUUCCUAAAGCUAA